GAGACCAAAGACAAUUCUAUAACCACUUAUAAAAGGAAGGGUCGAUAUUUCCGGGUUGUCUAAUACAAAAGUCAAGCAAUCGGAGGACAGAGACACACCAACUGCCUUGAUAUUUUCUAAGUUCCCAAAUUUGCAUGGAAUCUUGUUAUCUUGCGCUCCUUUUCUCUGCUUCUUCUCAUUUUGGCGCAACUUAGCCGGCUUUAAAACCUCUCUCACUUAUUGUCAUCCAUCGUCAUUUACCAUAUUAUACUUUUUCUUUGGCAGUGUGAAUGAAACUUAUUUAGAGCAAGAAAAAUAAGAAGCUUGAGUUGACGCAGUCAGAUUUUUAGUGUAACAACUCUUGCAAUACCUAGUAAAGGGCUUACUUCAUUGGAGGGGAAGAAUUAUGAACUGCUUCGGAUGUUGUGGAGAAGAUGAUAUUCAUAAAGUUUCUGAAAAUGGACCAUUUGUACCAAAUAACUCAGCAAGCAAUAACGGAGGUUAUUACAUGAAAGAAGCUGCCCCAAAGGAAACACAGGCAGUAAAGGUUCAACCUAUAGCUGUCCCAGCCAUUUCAAUUGAUGAACUCAAGGAAAAAACAGAUAAUUUUAGUGCAGACUCAUUAAUUGGUGAGGGCUCAUAUGGAAGAGUGUAUUUUGGUGUUCUGAGAAGUGGGCAAUCUGCAGCCAUCAAGAAAUUAGAUUCCAGUAAGCAACCAGACGUGGAAUUUCUAGCACAGGUUUCCAUGGUAUCAAGACUUAAACAAGAAAAUGUUGUUGAGCUCGUUGGUUAUUGCACUGAUGGCCCGCUACGUGUCCUUGUCUAUGAGCAUGCUUCUAAAGGAUCUCUUCAUGACAUUCUUCAUGGAAAGAAAGGAGUAAAAAGAGCAGAGCCAGGUCCUGUUUUGUCAUGGGUGCAAAGAGUUAAAAUUGCUGUUGGGGCAGCAAGAGGACUUGAAUAUCUACAUGAAAAGGCAGAGCCUCGUAUCAUCCAUCGCAAUAUCAAAUCGAGCAAUGUAUUACUUUUUGAAGAGGAUGUUGCUAAGAUUUCUGAUUUCGAUUUGUCAAAUCAAGCACCUGAUAUGACAGCACGUAUGAAUUCCACGCGUGUUCUUGGGAACUUUGGUUAUCAUGCUCCAGAAUACGCUAUGACAGGACAGAUGAGUGCAAAGAGUGAUGUUUAUAGCUUUGGUGUUAUCCUGCUGGAACUCUUAACUGGGCGGAAACCUGUUGAUCAUACUCUGCCGCGUGGACAGCAAAGCCUUGUGACAUGGGCCACUCCAAAACUCAGUGAAGAUAAGGUGAAGCAAUGCGUUGACGCUAAGUUAAAUGGAGAAUACCCUUCUAAGGCAGUUGCAAAGGUACCGAAGAUGAUGGCUGCAGUUGCUGCUUUGUGUGUGCAAUAUGAAGCUGAUUUUCGGCCAAAUAUGAGUAUAGUUGUCAAAGCUCUCCAGCCUCUGCUCAACACUCGUUCCGGUCCUCCCCACUGAAAUCACACUUGUGAAUCAACCCCAAAACUAUUUUGAUUCAUUGAGAUUUGUUAUGUAAAUGGGUGCUAUACAUAAUAGCUGAUGUAAUUUUGAUGUCUUUGCUCAAGAGUUUUUAAGUUUACUGGAUUUUCUGUAUUUAACAUUGAAUUUUACCACAAAUUCAAUUAUGCAAGAAAUCCCCCGAGUUCUGUUAAUUUCUGCAUUUCU